AUGUCCUGCCCCGACUGCUUCCGCGGCGCGGUGCACACGCACGCCACGCCCACCGGCACGAUCGAAACCGUGCACGGCAUCAAAACGUACGUCGCCGGCGGGAGCGAUCCGUCACGCUCGUCCUCCACAAUCAUCUACUUCCCCGACGCCUUCUCCAUGAACAUCCCCAACAACAAGCUGCUCGCGGACCAGUACGCCGCCGCGACGGGCUGCCGCGUGCUCUUUCCCGACGUGGUCUUCAACGGCGGCCUGCCCGCCUACGUCAUGGAGGGCGUCGAGUACUUCACCACCGCGCCGAAUACCGUCACUUCGGUGCUGGGCAAGAUGUACACGCUUGUGACCGUGCUCCCGGCCGCCAUCCCCUUCAUGAUCCGGGGCCACCCGCGCAACAACUACGCGAGGAUCCUCAAGUAUGCGCGCGCCGUGCGCGCCGAGAUGCCCGAAGAGGCCAAAUUGGGCGUGUGUGGGUUCUGCUGGGGCGCGUGGCCGAGCACCAAGCUGUGCGCGGAGAGCCGCGUGGAAGGCGCCGCCGACAGUGGGAGGCUGAUCGACGCCCAGUUCAAUGGCCAUCCGUCGUAUAUCGUCAAGGAACCGACGCUCGUGGCGGACUGUAUUCGCACGUACAGGACGCCGUACGCGAGUGCCGUGGCGGAGCUGGAUUUCCAGUUCAACGCCGAGGUGGCGGCGCGGACGGAGGCGCAGCUGCGCGACAGCGUGGCGAGCAAGGGAGAUGGCGAGAAUGGGUACAACUUCGAGUUCCGCGUGUACAAGGGCGCGAGGCACGGGUUUUGCGUCAAGGCACGGGAGGAGGAUAUGCAGAAUUAUCGUGAUGCCGUGGCGCAGGCGGUGGGCUGGUUCAAGAAGUAUCUCAGUUGA